AUGGCCAACACUGCAGCGGCGGCGACAACCACGACAGUGCCGCCGCAAAGGCGGUCCUUUUACGACGUCGAGGACGAGAGCAACAAACGCGAUGUCGGCUCGCAGCCGGGCACCAGAUGGACGCUCUCUUCCUUCAAACCUGGUUCUGGCGUCGCCGAAUUGAGGAGUAGGGACAUGUCCAAGCUGUGGCAGAGCGACGGAAUGCAACCGCACCUGAUCACGAUCACCUUCUCGCGGCUCACGCACCUGACCCACGUGUCCCUCUACCUCGACGUGCGGCAAGACGACAGCUACACGCCGACCAAGCUGUGCAUCAGGGCGGGGACGCACGCCUCGGACCUCAUCCCCGUACGAACCAGGACGUUUGAGAGUCCGCAGGGGUGGAAGCACUUUCUCCUCGACAAGUCCGACACCUCGACGCCGGAAGAGGAAGAGGUCGACGACGACGACGACGACGAGGGGGAGGGAGGGGGGACGGGGAGGGGCAAGAGGGAGGGGAUAUGGUGCUGGAUCGUCCAGGUGUGCGUGCUGGCCAACCACCUCAACGGCAAAGAUACACACGUCAGGCGCUGCGUCAUCUGGGGUCCUCCCGAGGGUGGGGAACACGGCGACACUCGCGCGGAUCGACAAGCGGUGGCGAGCGACAAGAGGGCGAGGAUGGACGAGACUGAGGCUGUCGAAGCCGUCAAGAGGGCGCUGCAAAGCGGCCGAGCACCGACCGAGGACGCAGGAUCGUCGUCCAAUAACGGCCGCGACAGCGACGAGGACGAGCAACGCCGUCUCUUUGCCGCUGCGCCUGCCGCUGCCGCCACCCGGUCGGCUCAAGCAACGGCAGCUCAGCAACCGCAACAGCAACGACCGUCCGCCUCUAUAGGCCUCGACGAGCUGCUCGGCCGAGCGCAGCACUCCGGCUCCUCGUCUUCGACCUCCGCUCGCCGAACCACAGGCCUGAAUCGCUUCGGCAGCCUUCGCUGA